GAUGGAUGCAUCUGUGAUUUGGGUUGCUAUUGUGGUCGCCGGAAUUUUAUCACUUUUCUUCGACAUACACUACUUUGCUUACAGCGUUAUUGUACUCAUUGGGUCCACAAUUAAGAGACAAAUAUCUCACAAGAAUUUCCAAUUGGAAAACUUUCACUACGGUUUCUGCUUCAGCACCGAUUUAGAUUUCAUGCUUCACAUGAAUAAUGCGCGAUAUCUGAGAGAGUGCGACUUUGGUCGAUUCUGUUUGUAUACGAGGACUGGUGUGUGGGGUGCACUCAAGAAGCUAGGUGGGUCGAUGACGUUAGGAGCAAGCACAAUCAGAUAUAGAAAGUCCAUCAAUUUCUUGUGCCUGUAUCAAGUUAGAACAAAGAUCGUGUGCUGGGAUGAAAAAGCAUUCUACUUGGAGCAGACUUUUAUACGACCUAGUGAUAAAUUUGUGUAUGCAAUAGCCCUCAUCAAACAGUCAGUAAUCAAGGUACCGCCAAAAGAUGUCGUCCAAGCCAUUCAAGGAGUUGAGACUGAGUCUCCAGAUUUUCCAGAAGAAAUCAAAAAGUGGAUUGAGUGUAAUCAAAUAUCUAGUGAGAAACUGCGAAAUGGCAAAGACAAAUAAUGUACAUCACACAGACUUCCUAGAAUCUUAUCACCCUGUGAUACUAUCCGUCCGCUAGCAAGAAUAGAUUCCUGUAACGCCUUUAUUUUUGUGAACCUACAUGUCUUUGUUUGCCAUCGUACGCCCCUGAGUAAUCAACAGUUCCAUUUGGUAGUUGAUUGUACUGUAGGAAGUGAAGGCAUUUAGUUUGGUUAUUAGUGUUAACAAUAGAUGGCAUGGCAGUGUUUUGAGACGGGUAACCUUUGACAUUUCUUCAACACAAUGGGUUUUUUGUCUCAGAAUAACGCCUUAUAAUUUGUGUGAGUUGUCUAAAUUCAGCCCUCCUUAGAGAGGCAUGUGAAAUAUUGAUAAUAAAUAAACUUUUAUUUUGA